AUGGCCAACAUCAACCAGCAUACGCUCGACACAAAGAGCACCCUUAGCGACAAGGACGCGACUGUUGAGCACAGCGCAGUCUCUGACAAACACAAUCUUGAUCAGAUCCAGGCGGCUAAUGCCAAUGAACACAAUCUAACUUUCAAGGAUGUUGCUAGAAAGCACCCAAAGAUCAUCUGGUGGUCUUUCUUCUGGUGCAUGUGUGCCGUCGGCUUCGACCAAGGGGGAUUCGAUACACAGGUCAACGGUGCCAUGGUUGGUGUUCCGGCCUUUCGCAAGUACUAUGGUCACCAACUCGACGGCGCCUGGGUCAUCCCCGCCGACUGGUUGACCGCCUUCAACAUCAUCUCUUCAGUUGGCCAGUUCUUUGGGGGUUUUGCUUGCAGUGCCAUCUCUGAUAGAAUGGGUCGCAAGAAGAGCCUAACCCUGGGCGUCGUGAUAGUCACUGGCGGCAUCAUGGGAGAGUCCUUUUCUUCGUCCCGAGCUGCUUUCGUGGUCAGCAAACUUAUCCUCGGCGUCGGAGUCGGCUUCUACCUGACUCUAGGCCCAAUCACCUGCUCUGAGAUCGCUCCGACUGUCCUCCGUGGUCUCUCUACCGCCGGUGUCAACCUCGCUAUUGCCGUCGGUCAACUCAUUUCUAACUCGGUCACCUCUGGAUUCGGCAACAGAGACGAUCUGUGGGCCUUUCGCGGGCCAUUCCUUACGCAGCUGAUCUUCUCUGUGUUUCUCUUUGUUGGUAGCUUUCUCUCUCCAGAGUCUCCCUGGUACCUCGUACGAGCCGGAAAGAUGGAAGAAGCCAGAGCUGUCCUUAAUGACCUGUACGGAUCUGAAUUCGACGCUUCGGAAAAGCUUCACGCCAUUCAACAGACGGUCGAAGAGGAGGCUAGUAUGGCCAGUCCUUCCUACAUCUCUGCAUUCCAAGGCACUGAUAGGGUCCGGACACUUAUUUCCAUCGGCGUGUUUGCUUGUCAGCACGCCGUCGGCAUUAUCUUCGUCCUCAGCUUCUCUACCUACUUCUUUCAACUCGCUGGACUGGAUACCCAGAAGUCUCUCAAUCUCGGCGUUGGUGUCACUGCUUGCGGUGUAGCUGGUAAUAUCUGCUCGUGGUUUAUCGUUAACCGCUAUGGCCGCCGUCCUAUUUUCGUUAUUGGCAUGUUCGCUUGUACCAGCAUUCUUCUCCUCAUCGGUAUCCUCGACUUGGUGCCAACAAGUGCCGCCAAAUGGGCCAUGUCCUCUCUGACUGUCGUCUUCUCCUUUGUUUACUUCCUCACAAUUGGUGCCGUUGCCUUUGUUCUUCUGGGAGAAGUUUCUUCACUAUCUCAGAGGGCACGAACCACUGCUUUGGCCACAGCAACCCAGGCUAUCUUUGGUAUUAUCAUGUUCUUCGCCGUUCCAUACAUGGUCAACCCGGACGCUGGUAACCUUGGCGGCAAAGUCGGUUUUGUUUUUGGCGGACUUUCUGCUUUUGCUUCUAUCCUCUGCGUCUUGUAUAUCCCUGAACUGAAGGGACGAACUUAUCAGGAGAUCGAUGCCAUGUUCUAUCGCCGAGUUCCACUCCGAACAAUGGGCUCUUAUAGUAUUUAA